ACUGCAUUUCCGAAUCGAACCGCCAUUAUAUUGCAUCUUCCAAGGAAGAAAAAAUUCCAGAUCGGAUCUAAGUGAUCUAUGAACUUUAAACAACUGACGUGCAAUUACCAGACAACUGUGUAACAAUUAAAUAAACUUUCUGACCCCCGAAAACAGCGGAAAAGCAUGUCGCAGUUUAAUUUCGUGAGCGAUUUGCAAAAUGCCUUGAUCAUGGACGGAGAGACGCGCGGACCUGCACCGCGUUGGAAAAAGAAGCUGGAGGCGUCUCUUAAUGGAAGCGCCAGUACCACCAGAUCCGUGCUGUCCGUCUCGUAUAACACCAGUUUCUCGGGCGUCCAGGCGCCAACAAAGACUCCGGGAAAGAACAGCGAGGGCAAGGCCAAAAAGUCCACAGUCACGCCCACAAAGACGCCCGGAGGCGGUGAUCGUUUCAUCCCGAAUCGGGCGGCCACCAACUUCGAGCUGGCACACUUUCUGGUUACCAAGGACUCUGGCGACAAGUCUGAUGAGGAGAACGAGAAGGCCACCACUAGCAACAACAACGAGAGCAAUGUCCAGGCUUCGGCUCACAAGGGAGAGCGGCAGAAACUACUCUCCGAGGUGGCCCAGGUUGGCAAUUCCAAAGGUGGCCGCAUUUUGUGCUACCAGAACAAGGCUCCAGCUGCUCCGGAAACGCACAACAACCCACUAAAAGUUGUGUACUCCAUAAAGACGCCCAUUUCCACAAAGAGUGGAUCACGCUAUAUACCCACCACUUCCGAGAGAAUUCUGGAUGCACCUGAUUUCAUCAACGAUUACUACCUUAACCUGAUGGAUUGGAGUGGCGACAACAUCGUGGCCGUGGCUCUGGGUAGCUGUGUCUAUUUGUGGAACGCCCAAAGUGGAAAUAUCGAGCAACUUACGGAAUUCGAGGAGGGCGACUACGCAGGAUCUCUGUCGUGGAUCCAAGAGGGACAAAUUCUAGCCAUUGGUAACAACACUGGGGCUGUGGAACUGUGGGACUGCUCUAAGGUGAAGCGUUUGCGUGUGAUGGAUGGACACAGUGCCCGAGUGGGAUCCCUGGCCUGGAACUCGUUCCUGGUUUCCUCCGGCAGUCGCGAUGGCACCAUCGUUCACCACGAUGUGCGUUCGCGGGAGCACAAGCUUUCGUCCUUGGCCGGACACACGCAGGAGGUUUGUGGCCUGAAGUGGUCAACGGACUUCAAGUACCUGGCCAGCGGAGGCAAUGACAAUCUGGUCAAUGUGUGGUCUGCAUCUAGCAGUGGCGUGGGAACUGCCAGCGACCCUCUGCACAAAUUCAACGAUCAUCAGGCUGCGGUGCGAGCUUUGGCCUGGUGUCCCUGGCAGCCGAGUACUUUAGCCUCUGGUGGCGGCACCGCCGAUCGAUGCAUUAAGUUCUGGAACGUUAACAAUGGCACCCUGAUGAAAUCAGUGGACUCCAAGUCGCAAGUCUGUUCGCUUCUGUUCUCACGCCACUACAAGGAGUUGAUAUCUGCCCAUGGAUUUGCCAACAAUCAACUGACUAUUUGGAAGUAUCCGACGAUGGUGAAGCAAGCCGAUUUGACUGGACACACAUCGCGUGUCCUGCAGAUGGCCAUGUCCCCGGAUGGCAGCACUGUAAUCAGCGCUGGAGCCGACGAAACCUUGCGCCUGUGGAACUGCUUUGCUCCCGAUCCCUUGGCGGAAAAGAAAGCGGUUUCCAAUAGCAAGGCCAAGCAGAGCGUGUUCCGCCAGAGCAUUCGCUAGUAGGAUUAUUUACCGCAUUUGAAACUUAGCCUACAAAUAAUUCAUGGUUGAAUAGUGGAGAUUUUUUCCAGUUUAGACAAUUAUUUUUUAGAAGCAUUGCCAAUUUAUUAGUUCCCGUCUCAUGUUUCGUAUUUUUGUAAUUAUGGAUAAAUCUUUUAAUGUGUAAGCCCCACCGACGAUAUAUGAAUAAUUAAAUUUUGUCAUUUACUUUUAUUUCUUAGAGUUAAGUUUGUGUGCGUAUGAAUAAAAUGCUUGACGUUCUGCAUC